AUGGCUGAAAUGAUGAAUGAUGCAGUUAAAGCAGAGGCAGUUUCUUUAAAACGUGAAGAGUCCGGUGUUGCAGACUCGGAAAGUGUAACCCAUGAUGCUUCUAGCCACCAUCAUAUGGCAUUGAGUGCGGCCGACAGUGUUCCUGCUGUUGAAGAAACGGUUUCCAGAGGUCAAGUUCUUCCUGAACAACCAAAAGUAAAGGUCAUUCGUCGCCAAAUUAGCGGUUACGUUGGUUUCGCGAACCUUCCAAAGCAGUGGCACAGAAAGUCGAUUCGCCGCGGGUUCAACCUGAAUUUGUUGUGCGUUGGUUACAAGGGGUUGGGUAAGUCCACUUUAAUCAACACGUUGUUCAACAGGGAGUUGUACGAACAAGACAAUUUGACUCAAGGUGUUCAAUCUUUGGACUUGAGCGACAGCAACACCGAUACAAGUGUCAAGAAGGAGAACGGCGAAGAGGAUUCUGUGCAUCAACCCAAGGUUAAGAUCGAGACUGUGUCUGCUGAAAUUGAAGAGAAUGGGGUAAAACUACAGUUGACUGUUGUGGAUGCGCCUGGUUUUGGUGACUCGAUCGAUAACACCGAUUCUUGGAAGCCAAUAGUCGAUGAAAUAAAUCGUAGAUUCGAUCAAUACCUUGAAUCUGAAAACAAAAUUCAAAGAAGCGUGUUACAGGAUAACAGAAUUCAUGCCUGUCUCUACUUUAUUGAACCAACUGGUCAUGGUUUAAAGCAAUUAGAUUUGGAAUUUUGCAAACAAGUUCACUCUAAGUGUAACUUGAUUCCAAUCAUCGCCAAGUCUGAUAUAUUAACAGAUGAAGAGAUUCUGUCCUUCAAGGCUACUAUAAAAAAGCAAUUGGAACAGGCUAACGUUCAAUUGUUCGAACCACCUCAAUACUUUACGCUGGGAGACGAUGGUUCUGGGGAGAAUGAAAACAUCUUUGAAAAGAUCCCAUUCGCUGUUGUUGGUUCUACGGAACAAGUGACCACAGAGGAUGGUAGAAGAGUUAGAGGUAGAGCUUAUCCAUGGGGUGUCAUCGAGGUCGAUAACACAAAACACUCCGAUUUCGUGUACCUAAGAGACCUAUUAAUAAGACAGUACUUGGAAGAGUUGCGCGAAAGAACUAACAAGGUUCUAUACGAGAAAUACAGAUCGGAAAAGUUAAUAGGUUUAGGCAUCAAGCAGGACAACAGUGUGUUCAAGAGCUUCGAUCCGGAAACUAGACAAAAGGAGGAAAAACAACUUCACGAAGUCAAGUUAGCUAAGCUUGAGGCUGAAAUGAAGGCUGUUUUCCAACAAAAGGUUGAAGAAAAGGAGAAGAAGCUACAGAAGUCUGAAGCCGAACUAUUUGCUAGACACAAAGAAUUGAAGGAUAAACUAACAAGCCAACUUAAGGCUUUGGAAGAAAAGAAACGUCAACUAGAACUGUCCCUCGCAAACCAACCAUCUAAUUCACCAGUUCCUGCUAAAAAGAAGGGAUUCUUGCGUUAA